AUGAACCUCAUGAUCAUCUGGAUACUGCUCCUAAGCGGCUUAUCCUCGUGUUCUGGUACCGCCAGUGACGUCCUGUGCUUGCAGAGCCUGAAACAAUCACUGGGCGAUCCUAACGGCGCGCUCUACUCAUGGGAGUUCUCCAACGACACCGAAGGAUACAUAUGCCAAUUCGCCGGCGUUGAAUGCUGGCAUCCGUCUGAAAGCAGAGUCCUGUUCUUGAACCUCGGCAACAUGGGGCUUGAAGGCGAAAUCCCAAGCGGCGUCGGAAACCUGUCAUACCUGGUGCAGCUGAGCCUUGAGCACAACAGGUUCACCGGACGGCUCCCGGAGACUAUGGGCGAUCAUCUUGCACUGCUGAAUGUUGCGGAUAACUCGUUGUCAGGUCCCAUCCCGGGCUCUCUCCAGAAGUUCUCACCCGAAAACUUCGCCGGCAACGACGGGCUCUGCGGGGCGCCGCUGGGCAAGUGCAAGAGGCGGUUCCAUGUGCGGAUACAUCUCAGGCUGCGUAGGGUCAACGACGCAUCCAGCGUCGGCGGCGCGGUGGGAUUCGUCGUGGGGUUCGUGGUGGCUUUCUACUUCCCGCAAUGGUUUCUGUUCUGUGGGAGUCUCCGCCGCUACAUCUUCCCUGUGUGCGCCUGA